CUCUCCCCGGCCACUUCGUUCAGCGAAUCCCGAGGUGUUCCCAGGCCAGUGCAGAGACGGUCUCUCCGUGUCCUGGGGCUUCCCCAAGGCCUCCUUCCGUUUGGACGUGCCCUGAGCACCUCCCCAGGGAGGUGUCCUGACCAGAUGCCAGAGCCAUCUCAUCUGGGUCCUCUCAAUGCGGAGGAGCAGCACUUCUACUCCCGGAUGACGUGCUUCUUACCUUAUCUCUUAAGUGAGAGCCCAGCCACCCUAUGGAGAAAACUCAUUUCAGCCGCUUGUACCUGCCGUCUUGUCCUUUCGGCCCCUACCCAAAGCUCAUGACCACAGGUGAGGUAGGGGUGAGAUCCUGCCCCAAGUGGAGGUGUUUACGUACCUAGGGGUCUUGCUCACGAGUGAGAGAAGGAUGGAACGUGAGAUCGACAGGUGAAUUGAUGCAGUGUCUACAGUGAUGCGGACUCCGUAUCGGUCCGUUGUGGUAAAGCGGGAGCUGGGCCCAAAGGCAACGCUCUCAAUUUACCGUCACCUAUGGUCAUGAAUCUUAUCAUUUUAGUCCCAUCUUACAAUAUGAAAUAUUGGAUCAAAUAUGAAUACACUCAACCGAACAUAACACAAGUUUAUUAAUAUGUAAGUACUUGAUUAAUGCUCACUUAAUUAACGCGAAUUUGAAGAAAAGUGUAAUAUGAAUGUGUACCGAUUACGCGUUACCAACAAAAUAGCUUACUAAAAAAAGUCAGACCACAGCACGUUUAAUGUGUAACUAGCUGACUAAUGCUCAAGCAAUUAAAUAACAUUUUUGAAGUCAUUUGCUAUUGUCAUUGUAACAUGUCAACCGGGAAAUGCUGCAAUCCAUGCUGUUGCUUCCUGUUUACCUUGGCGCCUCAAACAUACAACCAAUUACAGACCACCUUCUUGUUCUUUACAUUAAUUGGCCCGCGGCAUCAUAGUACUUCUUGUAGCCAUUGGUUCGAAACAAAACCAAAAGUAACGACUUCUUUGUACACGCACGGUAGUAAAAGUAUCCAUAGUAAAGUUAUGUGAAGUGCACACAUUAAAAACGGCUUAGUACAGUAACGAAUGAUUUAUACUUCUAUCCGGGAGGAGAUGAACGACGUUAAUAGAAACCUGCUAGAAACAAGGCCAUUAGUGUCCAUAGAAAUGGACGACAGAGGGCAGCACUGACUGACUGGAAAACACCCAGACAGGAACGAACUCAACAUCAUCCGUCUUGAGCUGGAUCAAAAUGUCAGCCAUUACAAACAUGAUGGUGACUUUAAAGUAUCGUUGAAUACAUUUACAUCUGUGGAAAAACAUACAGAAAAAACAAUGUUGUGGCCAGUUAAUGUAAAUACGUUUGAGUGAAUUAUUUUGGAAAAAAAAAACCCGUCACCCUGAGGUAUAGACAAAUGUAUUUCGUACGUGCUGCUCUUUUGUUGUGUAAUAUAAUUUAUCUAGCAUUUCUGACUUUAUUACGACGACAAAACGUUCUCCGCGUGACCAAAUACGUGGUUUACCUUGCCUCAUACGUUGACGCUUGAUAUUCACUUACUUUGAAGUCGCACCGGAAGUGGAUAACCGCCAUGUGAUUAGAGCUUAACUUGAAACGACGUCUAAUGUCGAAGUUGAACCUUGUUGCGGUUCCGCCUGGGGCUCCGACGGGUAAGAAACUAAAUAUUUAGAGUAGAAAUAUUUUUUUCGUUGAUGUAAGCAGUCGAAACGUUUCGUCACAGACUGUACCAAGGCUAAUUUGCAGACAUUUUUCUACUUUUUGGGCCUGCGGAAAGCAGUGAAGCUAACGUGAAGUAGCUACCAUGUCGGGGAAAGAAAGUCCUGGUUUUGUGGCCUCUUCUAGACCCAGGACGUCAUUUCUCUGAUACCACCGAAGAAGAACAAGUUCGGCACACAAGUUUCACCUGGACGCUCGGCUUUCAAUGCUACCAACAAUCGGUUUCCAGUGUUGAACACCAGCGUUUAGCUCCACUUGAUAGCUUGCCAGCCAUGGCGGACAGCAUUGGAGAGGAGUCCACCGGUGACACUUUGGGUUCUGACGGUACCGGGCCAGGCGACGGACACUCGCCCCUUUUGCUGGCGAACUCUCUGACGGGUGGGCACCUGAGCUCCAACAUGGCUUCGCCCAGCGAGGGCGACCAGGUGGGACCUGAUGGGUCCCCUACGGACGGACUGACGGCGACGGCCACUGACUUCUGGAACGCGUUCGGCUUGUCCCCACCGAUGGUGUCGGUGUCACCCAACGUGCACAGCCCUGCAUCCCCGCAGGGUGUGGGUCAAGGGGUGGGCGGAGUGGCCGGACCCGGUCCCUUAACGCAAGUCUACGCCGCUUCCUGGGACCCGACCCGGAGUACGGACUGGGACAACGAGAAGACUUCACAGCCUGCUAUUUUAAGAAUAAAGAGGGAUAUCAUGUCCAUCUACAAGGAACCUCCACCAGGAAUGUUUGUUGUUCCUGAUCCACAAGACAUGACCAAGAUCCACGCCUUGAUCACGGGGCCAUUUGACACGCCAUACGAGGGCGGUUUCUUCCUCUUCUUGUUUCGAUGUCCCCCCGAUUAUCCCAUCCACCCACCACGGGUCAAGCUCAUCACUACCGGCCAGAACACGGUCCGAUUCAAUCCCAACUUCUACCGCAACGGCAAAGUCUGCCUCAGCAUCCUCGGAACGUGGACGGGUCCAGCAUGGAGUCCAGCACAGAGUAUUUCCUCUGUCCUCAUUUCCAUCCAGUCUCUGAUGACAGAGAAACCCUAUCACAAUGAACCUGGCUUUGAGCAGGAGCGUCAUCCAGGGGACAGUAAGAACUAUAACGAGUGUAUCCGUCAUGAAACCAUGAGGGUGGCUGUAUGCGACAUGCUGGAGGGCAAAGUUCCUUGUCCUGAAGCUCUGUGGAGCGUGAUGGAGAAGUCCUUCUUAGAAUACUAUGACUUUUAUGAGGGAGUUUGCAAGGACAGGCUGCAUCUACAAGGACAGAACAUGAAGGACCCGUUUGGAGAGAAGCGGGGGCAUUUUGAUUACCAGCGGCUGCUGACUCGACUGGGCGCCAUUCACAGGCGAAUACGAGAGAAGCGCGUGAUGAGCGAUCCCAACGAGCACGACUCUGACUCUGACACCAGCUCGUCCGAGACGGACCCGGACAGCCAGGGUAGCACCCAGCCUUGACUCUUUAGAACCCGGGCCAAGAUCAGAGGACGCAAUGCUGAGUGGAAUGAUUGAUGGAUGAUCUCCGUGAAGUCCACGUGAAGCAGGAAGACUUGAGGAGCACUGCUGCAGCUGUGGAUGUGACCUGCAAGACAUCUUCUAUACAUUUCAACAUAAACAUUCCCUCUGCUUGCUUGCUUGGCGUCCUACAUUCAUUCAUUCAUUCAUUCCUAAAAGACACACACUGUACUCCCAAAUAUUCCACCCGGCCCCUUCUUAAACAUUGGUACAGAAGUAUUUGAUCCCCUGCUGAUUGCAUAAGUUGACUUCCUUACAAAGAUUAUUUCAUUGUAGAUUUAUGUCAACAUGGAAACAGAGAAGCAUAAAAGCAUGUGUCCUUCCACCAAUAGUGCUCUUUCCCACCAAGGUCUUGUGCAGGUCUGCAGCUCUAUGGUCUUUCCCGUGGUGGUGGUUUCUAGGAUUUCUUGAGUUCAUAAAGUCAUGUGUUUGUAUUUACAUCAGCAGGGUAUCAAAUACGUACAUUUUGCAACAAAGAGUGCAAGUGUAGCAAAUGUCUGACUUCCCUGAUAAAUAAAAAUGUUUGGACGUGUCUGCUGGGACAUUGUGGACUA